UCAGAGCUGAGAGUUGCUUCACGCAAACACACACACACACACACACACACACACACACACACACACACACACACACACACACACACACACACACACACACACACACACCAAACAAACAUAGUUGUUCCACACAGGACAAUGUGCAACAUCUCGUUCUGUAAUGUGGACAGUAAGGUGGACCAGUUCUUCCAGCCCACGCUCUACAUCAUCGUCAUCGUUCUGGGGCUGCCCACCAACUGCAUGGCCCUGUGGGCUGCCUAUAUGCAGGUAAAGCAACGCAAUGAGCUUGGCAUCUACCUGAUCAACCUGUCAGUGGCUGACCUCCUCUAUAUCAUCACUCUUCCUCUGUGGAUCGACUACUUCCUGCAGCACGAUGACUGGAUCCACGGUCAGGAGAGCUGCAAAUUGUUCGGCUUCAUCUUCUACACUAACAUCUACGUCAGCAUCGCCUUCCUCUGCUGUAUCUCACUGGACAGAUACCUGGCUGUGGCAUAUCCUCUGCGCUUUGCAAAGGUCCGACAAAUCAAAACAGCGGUCCUGGUCAGCGCCAUGGUGUGGAUUAUUGAGAUCGUAGCAAACUCUGCUCCCCUCUUCCACGAUGAGCUCUUCCAGGACCGGUUCAACCACACGUUCUGCUUUGAGAAGUAUCCCAUGCAGGACUGGGUGGCAGGGAUGAACCUCUACAGGACAUUUCUGGGCUUCCUCGCUCCAUGGACAGCCAUGCUUGUGGCCUACCGUGGGAUUUUAGCAGCAGUGCGCUGCAACGUCUCAACAGAGCGUCAGGAAAAGGCCAAAAUUCAGCGUCUGGCUUUGAGUCUGAUACUGAUUGUUUUGCUCUGCUUUGGACCAUAUCACAUCCUGCUCCUGGUGCGGAGUGUGAUGUUUCUAAAUAAGCCAUGUGACUGCGGUGCAGAGGAGAGCCUGUUUGCAGCCUACCAUGUGUCGUUGGCACUGACCAGCCUCAACUGCGUCGCCGAUCCCAUUUUGUACUGUUUUGUCAACGAGGGGGCCCGGCACGAUGUGGCCCGAGCGCUCUCAGCUUUACUUUCUGCAGCUUGCUUUAAGGGCUCCUCUUCCUCACCAUCGCACAGGGAGAUACUCAACGCCGGUUCAGUGACUAUGGAAACGCCACUGGCAGCAAAGAAGCAGCCUUAUGUAUACGCUGAUGGAGCAAAGACCAGCAGCUACAAGACAGAACUGGUGGCUCUGAAGGAGGAGUGUCUACAGAUGACUAUCCUCAGUGUUAGGAAGACUUAAACCUGAAGCAUGCUGUCAGAGGUCCAAACUCUGUAUCUCAGUGGAUGGAGAAAGCCCUGAGAGGGUCCAAUGUCUUCUGGCAUGAGAUGAGAAGCAUUUUCUGAGGCUGUGUGUGAUUUGCCUCAACAUUUCCAUUAAAUGGCAUUGACAAGCCAGAAGUGUAAUGAGAUUCCUGAAAUAAACAAGACAUAUUGUCUCUUGUCACGGCAGCAGCCUGUGCUAGAUUGAAAUGCUCACGCAUCUGAAAGCAAUGUUGUUUUAGUUUAGUCUUAGGUUGGCACUUGGACAUGGUCAUGAUGUGAAUCCAAAAAUUACACAUUCCAUUUCCAAGUUCCAAUUCCAAUUCCAAUUAAAGUUUCCACAUUUCAAACAUGACUAUCUUUUGUGCCCCAACAUUUUUCGCACUUCUGACAUUGACAGCUUGUCAGGCUCAGUUCUUUAUUGGUGAUUUGGUUAACGGUUCAUGCUAAUGUUAGCAUGUUAGCAUGCUGUAUCAUCAUCAAUCCCAGAGUGCAACUGAGGCUGACAAGGAGUCAGUCAUAAGCUUUAAAGGAUAUUCUGAAGUAGUGUUUGACCGGAGUUUAAGUCACCUUCUGGUGGCGCUAAAUGAAAAGUCAGGGGAUCACAUAAGUCCUCAGGAUUUAGACCAAAAAUGUCUGUACCAAAUCCAUCCAGUAGAUGUAGAUAUUUCAGUGUGGAGCAAAGUAUUGUACCAACAGAUCAACAGAACAGCUGGGCCAGCAGUUAUUUACAAUGCCAUAGAUGUGCUUGAAUAUUUAAGUGGAACUAUUCAAAAAGACCACAUUCUGCAUGUAUGAGUAUCUUUAGUGGGCUGAGAAGAGACACCUUCGAAGUGAGACUGCAUGGACAACCAACCUUGACAAAGGGGCAAAUUAAGAAGAUUGGGGCCUGACACCCUGAUGCACCACUGUGGAAUAUGUAAAAAGAACAGAAAGUAAUAGAAAAAGAUUGUAUAUUACUGUUCGAUAAAUCGUUUUUAAUGCUUGUUGGAAAUGUCUUAACCGUUUUGAAGAAAUAUUGAAGCCUAUAAAGUACCUCAGCUUGUUAACUGUGACAGCAAAAAGGCUUAGUGUAGAUGUGUCUCUAAUGUCAUGUGAGCAAUGUUUUUUUCAAAAACAUUUACCAUAGGCAGCAAAAAUAUUCACACUGAAAAAAAGUCAAAAACCAAAGCCUGCAUUCAGCUCAAUUUGAAAGUCAAAUGUAUCAGUUUUUUAAACUCCAUUACGUUGAAAGCACUGAAGCGCAGAAAAUAACCUCUUCCAACCUCCGAGACAGCAGCCACAGUUCACCGGAUAUCGUUUACAUUCCCAUGUUCAGAAAGAUUAGUUCCCAAACUUCCUAAAUAUGCUUUUGUACACAUUUCUUUUUAAGCUAUUUUUU